AUGGAUCCUCAAGAACCACAUCAUUCUCGACCCCGAGUCCGCAUUCUCGGUCGAAGAUUCCGCCUGGGGCCUGGUGAGGAGGCCAUGGGUGUGAUGAUCCAGGAAAACGAGGUCGUCCGAAUUCCCACCACCUGUUGGGAAACCGAUCUUCCGCUGCAGACAGCGACAAUUUUUGGCUUCCACAUACCACCGAUCAUCCCCGCGCUAUGGCACAGCCUGACGACGAGGCAGCCCGGCGGGUGCCUCAUGCGCCCAAUUCGCCGUGCAAAAGCUGUUUUCAACAACUUCCGCGAUUUAUGGAACGAUUUUUGUCUCUGGUCAAGCCAGCGCCAGUUCCACGAGCUAGACCCACAACCGACCACUUUUUCUGAACAAGAUCACAAUCAUUGGAGGGGUCUCAAGGCGGCACAGUACCAAAUCGGAUAUCAGGACCCUUCCGCAGAUCCGAAGUGGAGGAUGAAGCAAAUCGUCGAGGUCAAGGACUAUGAUGACAUAAAUCGUGUGUUUCACGUCGCCUCUUCUAACUUGACUUGGUAUGUCGGCGCCUACCACUCUUUUCGAAAUUCCUGGGCUGACCACUACGUAGGACAUGGAGAAAUCGACACUUCGGUUCGACUGAUUGGAAGUUUCACGUACCGCGUCCGCCAAACGGAAGUUCCAGGCGGCGGACGGUUAAGGAGCCUCCAUGGUAACUCAGAUUCAACUGUCGACACAAAUGCAGACUCACAGUUGGAUCACUAG